UUUUCAUUUUCACCUCAUCCAUCUUCCUCCUUUUCUUUUCUUCCCCAAACCAAAAAAGAAAAAAAAAAGAAAAAAAAAGAAAAAGGAAAAAAAAGAAAAGCCCUGCAGCAACAAACAAUGGGGUCUCAAAACAUGCCUCAGGGAAUCAACCUGGUAUUCCUGGUGGCUACAUUCUCUGUUCUCAUCAUUAUCAUUGGUGACCAUAAUGUGGCUGCACAUUUAGCCCCGGAGGCCCCUGCUCCUUCUCCAUCUUCCCUUCCUCCAUUAAGCUAUAUUUCCUACUCUCCCGCUGACGCCCCCUCCGGUGCUCCAUCCGACGCCCCGUCUUCUUCACCGCCAUUGUCACCAGGAGGAGGUGAUGACGGUGGCUUCUCUGGUGGAGCUGGAGGUGACGGUGGCUUCUCCGGUGGCUUCUCCGGCGGCGCUGGUGGUGGUGUCGGGAGUGAAUUCGGGGCUUCCCUGCCCGCAUCAUCGGACUUCACGUCAUCGGCGUCAUCAGAUUUCAAAUUCGAUUUCAAGACGGGGUUCAAUUUCGACGUCGACUUCAACCUCAUGGACGCCUUCAAGGCCGACCUGUCAAAGCUAACCGCCGGGUGCGACGAGCGGAUUAAAAAGAUCUGCCAGAACACGGAUUACCCGGAGAUCUGCCUGGCCACAAUCGUGCCGAUCUUGAAAGCAUCUGGCCAUACCGGUGCCAAACUCAGCACGAUGGACAUCUGGGAACUCAACACCAAGAUCGCCUACGGAUUCGCCAACUUCUCCCUCGGCGCAUUGGACAGGUUCUCCAAAACUCCGGGUCUUCCGGAGGACGUCAAAACCGCCCUGGAUAUAUGCGGGGAAAGCUUCUCUGACGUUCUGGACUCUCUGGAGAACGCCGUCGACGCGUUUUCGAAACACGAUAUCGGAACCGUUAGCACCAUGCUCAGCGCCGCCAUGACCAACUGCGGCGACUGCGAGGAGGCGUUCAAAGGGCUGAGCUACGACUGCCCGGUUGCCGGUUUCGCCGACAAACUCUCCUCCGUCAGCAGCAAUUCCCUUGCUAUUGGCUCCGCUUUCAUGACAGUUUAAAAACUAUAAUAUAUAUACUGUCAUUUUUUUUUCAUAUAUUAUAUUAUACAUAUAUAAAGAAAAACAAAAAAUAAAUAUAUAUGUACUAACAAUGUAUAGUACGUUGUUGAACAUGAAUUAAUCCAAUUUGUAUGAGCUACUUAUCAUUUUUGUUGUUGUUGUUGUUAUUGUUGUUUCUUUUUUCAAUUCCGUUUUAUUUUAGUAAGUGAGAAUUUUAAAUUUCCUUUAGUAUAAA